CUUCACCUGAGAGUGUAUGGAAGGGAAUAAAAUUAGCUCACAGGAACAUGUAAUUUCAGCAGGCACGAAAGGAAGAUGAACGUAAUUGGGAAGAGAAGGAGGAACGGUAAUGAAGAGGACAACCAUCUCCCCCAGACCAAACGAAGCAGCAGAAACGCCGUCCUCCAGGAUCCCUGGGAUACUGAGACAGUGCCUGUAACGAGAAACAGUAAAGAAAACAGACUAAGAGGAAACAAAGCAUACAGUGCGUCUUCAAGCAGCGAGAGCGGAGGCAGCAGCAUCAACAGCCCCGACAGAGCCAGCGGCCCAGAGAGCAGCCUCAACCAGAUCACGGCCGGCUCCAGCCCCGCUCCGCCCCCGUCCUUCCACGAGCCGUCCGCACUCUGCCAGGGCCCUUACUUCCACAUCAACCAGAUCCUGAAGGAGGCCCACUUGCACAGCCUACAGCACCGAGGCCGACCACCCACAUGACGGACGGGCAGUUCCUUGCCUUCUGUGAAGGGACAGCACUGUGCAGAUUUGAUAUUUCGACUUAAAAAAAAGGAAAAAAAAAAGUUUGUUUAAAAAUUGCACAAAAGAUGCCUGUUGGCUUUUCGGUCUAUAUUUGAAAUAACGGGCUAACAGGCGAUUGUUUACUUGGGGUUUUGCUGCACUAUUGCCAUUUCCAAGGGGCUUUGAAGCAAUUUUUCUAGGAUUCUUUUCAGGGUAGGGGAGUCGGAUCUUCGUCCGGGUAGGAGGAAGCCACAACUGCGUGUGAAGAGUCCGUGUUUCGUGCCGUUUUAGCUUGAAGUCCAAAUCUGUCAUUUGGCAACUUAACGCUUUUAUGUCAGGAGUCCUUUAAAACAGGGGAGCGUCACUGUUUUUGUGGGCUUUUUGUUUCUGUUUUUUGUUUUUUUUUAAUUCAAUAAACAAGGUUCUAGUUUCCGUGAGAGCCACCCAUUUAGCUUCCACCCCCAGGUCUGAAAAGCCCGAUUCAGUCUUGCACUGAAGUCGAAACUACCAUCCUACCUCUCCGUCCGCAGCCGUCCUCUAACGGCCCGUCCAGGGGAGAGUGGGUCUCUAAGACAUCGCCCUGGGCCCCGAUUUGAUCUUGCGAUGAUGCUAAGCGUCCAGGGCCGGCUAAGAGGCAGACACAUUGCACGAUCUGGGGGCGAGAGGAAGUCGGGCUGGAUGUGGCUUUGUCUCCAGUCAGACCCCGUUGGUUAGGGUAGCAGCUUCAGACGACCUCACGUGAUCAUUCCGUCUUUUUUGCAGCCAGUAAACUGAGGUCGAGAUGAUGAGCGGGAAGGAGACGACCUGAGACUCAUACCAGAGAGCCAACCCAGUUUGAACAGCGACGGCGGGGCUGCGUCUUCCUCCUCGGUGGCGAGCUGCCUGAAUAGAGAGCCGGGCCGCGAUGCGUCGUCAUCCGCUCGGGCCAGCGCCGGAGCCGCCGCCUGCCACUGGAGGAGAAAGGAGAGUAGCGACGUUUACCCGGCGCGCUCUGGGAGUCGCUCCUGCCGCGUGCAGGGGGCCGAUUUUUAAAACGCCGUUCUAGGAGGGAGGACAGACUUGUUGCAAGGUGAGAUGAGAACGCUCGGCUUGCUCGAGGACGAGAGCAGUGAAGAAAUGCCUUAGGCAACGAGACCGAUUUUUCUCCCUUGCCCCCAGGAGGAGGGCCGGAGAGGCCGGCCGAUGUCACUGCCCCACCGAACGCACCCGCGGCCUAGGCGGAAUUAGGUUUUGGGUAAUCUAUACUGCACCCCUACCCUAAAGGCUAAGGGACGACAACCCUGUCGUAGUCCUCCAACACCCACGGCCCCGGGUUGGGCAGCCGAGGGUGGGUCAGAAAAACGGGUUCAGCGUCACUCAAGGACUUCGAGCAAGCACUAAGCUUCCGCCUUGAAACUGGGUUGGCUACACCAACUCUCUCCUCCGACCCGAUCGGUCAAAGCGAACCAGUCCCGGCUCGUGUGGAUUUUUCGACAGCACGGGCCGCCCAGAAGCCCGUUCCCGCUGCGAGGCUUGUUGGGUGUGUCCAAGUCUGAAGGAGUGUCUCUUUUCGCACCUGUGAGCUCAGUCUAGUAAGAUCCUGUACUUCUAUCGCGCCGCCAUUAAAAGCAGCAUUAGUGCA